AUGGAAGCAGCUCAACUGGACACGCAAAGGAAGAAGGGAGAAGCCAUCUUGAAGACCAGCUCGACCGUCCACUCGACCAACCGGUCGAGUUCCUCAACUCGACCGGCCAAGCUUCAACUCGAUCGAGCUGGGGAGUCAAAGUGUAUGCGAACUCGAUCGAGUCGGUCAACUGAAGACUUGGUCGAGCUAGACAUUACAACGGGUAGAAAGAGGGUUCAGAGGUCACAGAGGGUACAAGAGGAACCUGAGGUGCUUGUUGCUGAUACAAUGGAUGUACCAGAGGGGAAUGGAAACCCUUUGGGACAUGGACUCGGUCGAGCUAGGCAAACUCGACCGAUUGGUCAAGGAGAUGCUCCAAACCGCCACCAACAGAGACAAGGGAUUGUUCCACCACCAGUGCAGAACCACAACUUUGAGAUCAAGCUGGGAAUGAUCAACCUUGUCCAGAACAAGAUGUUCCAUGGAUUGCCAAGUGAAGACCCCAUUGACCACCUUGAUGAGUUUGAUAGGCUUUGUGAUUUGACAAAGAUCAAUGGUGUCUCUGAAGAUGCCAUCAAGCUGAGACUCUUUCCUAUGUCUCUAGCUGACAAAGCUCACCAAUGGGAGAAGAGCUUGCCCCAUGGCACAAUCACCACUUGGGAUGAAUGCAAGAAGGCCUUUCUUGCUAAAUUUUUCUCCACCGGUCGCACAGCCAAGCUUAGAGGAGAGAUAUCCAGCUUCAUCCAGCGAAACAAUGAGACAUUCGCAGAGGCUUGGGAGAGGUUCAAAGGCUACACAAGUCAGUGCCCACACCAUGGAUUCAACAAUGAAUCACUACUCUCCACUCUUUAUAGAGGAUGCUUGCCUAGGUAUAGGGAGAUGCUAGACACAGCUAGCAAUGGGAACUUCCUCAACCAGGAUGUAGAUGAUGGCUGGCAACUUGUGGAGAACAUAGCUAACUCAAAUGGAAGCUAUGGAGAAGAGUAUGAUCGCACCAACCGGAGCUCGACCCACCACUCGAUCGAGUCAGACGAAAAGUUGAGAAAAGAUGUUAAGGCAUUGAAUGAGAAGUUGGAUAAGCUGAUCCUAGCUCAGUCCACAAUGAAGAAAGUCAACUUUGUGUCUGCUGAGGAGAUGGAACCAGUCCAAGAAGGGGAGGAUACACAAUUUGCUGAGGUAUGCUACAUGAGCAAUGGGCAAGGAGGUUACAACAAAGGAUACUAUAACUACAAGUCCAACCCUGCCAUGUCAUACCGCAACACUGAUGUUGCUAACCCUCAGGACCAAGUCUAUCCUCAACAACAAGCAGCUCGAUCGAGUCAAGGACACAACAUGGGCUUCCCCCACCAACCGCCCCAGCCUGCACCUUCACAAGAGAAUGAGCUCAAGGCAAUGCUAAAGCAACUACUUCAAGGGCAAGCUGAUGGGGUAGUGGACACAAGCAAGAAGCUAGCUGAAAUAAACUCUAAGAUCGAGAACCUCAACACAAGGGUUUACUCUCUGGAGAAUCAUGCUUCUUCUGUUGCUGCUGCUACAAAGCAAGGACAACUACCUGGUAAAGCUAUUCAGAACCCCAAGGAACAGUGCAAGGUCAUCUUCACUCAAGAAGGACUUGUUGAAGAAGAGGAUCAAGAAAGGGUCAUUGAAGAUUUUUGUUUACUGCUGAAUGAUGAAGAGAUUGUUGCUGCUGAGGCUCCUGGAGUCCAGAUUGAUCAACCAGAAGUGCAUGCACCUACUGUGGCCAUUCACACUUCACCAGUUGAGCUCGCACGACAAGCUCGAUCGGCAGCUCGAUCGAGUCCAACUCUAGCUCGAUCGAGUCCGACCUCUUCUGUCCGACAGCCUGUUUUGCUUGAUCCUUAUCAACCGGUUGCCGCUUCCUCGUCUCGCCUACUUAGUCAAGGAUGUUCUGCCAACAGUGAUAAAGUUUCAGAGGUCCUACAAGAGUCUACUCAUCAGUUCAACCUGCUUACUUCACCCACCUUCCUACCAAAGGUCAAGGAUCAAGGGAAAUUCACUCUCCCUUGCACACUUGGGCAUCUUGAGAUUGACAAUGCCUUAGUGGAUUCUGGAGCAAGCAUCAAUCUGAUCUCUCUCUCCAUGGCAGAGAAGCUAGGCAUAGCUGGAGCCUUGCAGCGCCCUACUACUUCAAUCAUGUUUGGAGAUGCAACUUCUAAGUCUCCUCUUGGAGUGUUCAAGAACUAUCACUUGAAAAUUGGAGAAUGCAUCAUCCAAACUGAUCUCACUGUGAUGGAAAUGGAAGAAGAGAAGGAUUUGCCUUUGCUAUUGGGAACCCCUUUCCUUAGUACAGUUGGCGCUUCAAUUGACUUUCACAAGCAAGAAGUGAUCCUUCACAAGGUGAAUAGUUUGGUGUCAUAUCGCUUGCAGCCUAGAGGUUCAGACUUUUGUGCCACAAUUGACAGUACCAAUCUCAGUUCUAAGAGUCAUGGAGCUACAAAGGUUGUGAAGGAAAGGGUUGACAAGGAACCAAGAGUUGGGAAGGAUAAGGAUGAGAGAGGACCAAGGAUUGAGAAGCCACGUCUUGAGAGGGCUAGAGUUGAGAAACCACGAUCUGAUAGGCCAAGAGCUGAGCGACUUGUUCAAGCCCCUUGUGUGCUUGAUGAAGAGAGCCUUCAAGCUUUGUUUGAUGAGCCACUAGGAAGGGCUCUACAAGAAGGGGAGGAUGCAGCCUCUAAGGCAAGACCAGGAGAUAAAAGAAAGGAUCCACCAGCUCAGGCCCCUUCAGUCAAGCCAUCUCAGCUCACAAUGACUUUGUUCCCCACCAAGUUUGAAAAUGGGAAGAUUGAGUACAAGAUAAGGUACAAGGGGAGAUCAAGGCCAUUCUCUAGAGCCAAGGCCUUGGUGACUUCAGAACAGUCCAGGGACCCAACCAAGCUAAAGGAGCUUCUGUCUCAAGUCCUCACUAUCACCCUUGAUGGUGGGACUAGCUCAACCAAUGCCUAA